AUGUCAGGCGAAACCGAGAUCCAGAAUCUCAAGAGCCGCGACCCCUUCGCGGAAGCCGACGAAGACUCGGGACAGACGACCCAAACCCAAGAAUAUAUCCAUAUUCGCAUUCAGCAGCGUAAUGGACGUAAGACCUUGACCACCGUUCAAGGUAUCCCUUCCAAGUUCGACCACAAGAAGAUUCUCAAGGUCAUCAAGAAGGAGUUCGCCUGCAAUGGAACCAUCAUCAGCAGCACCGAGUCCAAGGGCAUGGGAGAGGUGAUCCAACUCCAGGGCGACCAUCGCCUCAAGAUCAAAGACUUCCUCGUUAACAACGAGGAGGGUCUGGGUCUCGACGAGAAGACCAUCAAGAUCCACGGCUUCUAA